UAGUCCAACGCUCUAACCACUAGGCUACCCUGCCGCCCACGAUAUAGCAAUCGGAUGCUUUGACUGCGGUUGAUGAAAUGGCACAAAACCAAGUGGAUGCAAUGUAGUUGGCCUGGAACGUGACCAAUGCUUUGAGGGUGUGAAAACUGUGUAGGAGGAGAGGCAAAUGAACCUUUGCGAAUACAUCUCUAAGAGUAGGAACAACAGAACUACUCUUACCUCAGUCUGCAACAUGUCGGUAAUGAAUUGAUAAUGAGCAUUACUCCUUGAAGGCAAAGGGCCUACUGGGGACUGCACAUCACUGACGAUCUGAAAUGGUCCAACCACAUGUAACAGUUUAGCUUCCGUCCCCUCGCCCGACCCGGGCUCCCUCUGCACACAUCAACAACAAUCACCCACGAAGCAUCUUUACCCAUCGCUCCACAAAAGCCGUGGCCCUUGCAGAGCAAGGGGAACAACUACUUCGGGUCUCAGAGUGAGUGACGUCACCUGAUUGAAAAGCUAUUAGUGCGCACCACCGCUAACUAGCUAGCCAUUUCACAUCAGUUACACUCACCCCCCUUUUUGACCUCCUCCUUUUCCUCAGCAACCAGUGAUCCGGGUCAACAGCAUCAAUGUAACAGUUUAGCUUUCGUCCGUCCCCUCGCCCCGACCCGGGCUUGGACCAGGGACCCUCUGCACACAUCAACAACUGACACCCACGAAGCAUCGUUACCCAUCGCUCCACAAAAGCCGCGGCCCUUGCAGAGCAAGGGGAACAACUACUUCAGGUCUCAGAGCGAGUGACGUCACCCUAUUGAAACGCUAUUAGCGCGCACCACCGCUAACUAGCUAGCCAUUUCACAUCGGUUACACACACAGUGUGGUGAAGAAGGCUCAACAGCGACUCUUCAACCUCAGGAGGCUGAAGAAAUUUGUCUUGGCACCUAAAACCCUCACAAACUUUUACAGAUGCACAAUUGAGAGCAUCCUGUUGGGCUGUAUCACCGCCUGGUACGACAACUGCACCGCCUGCAACCGCAGGGCUCUCCAGAGAGUGGUGCGGUCUGCCCAACGCAUCACCGGAGGCAAACUACCUGCCCUCCAGGACACCUACAGCACCCGAUGUCAUAGGAAGGCCAAAAAGAUAAUCAAGGACAACAACCACCCGAGCCACUGCCUGUUCACCCCGCUAUCAUCCAGAAGGCGAGGUCAGUACAGAUGCAUCAAAGCAGGGACCGAGAGACUAAAAAAUAGCUUCUAUCUCAAGGCCAUCAGACUGUUAAAUAACCAUCAUUAGCACAUUAGAGGCUGCUGCCCAUAGACUUGAAAUCACUGGCCACUUUACAAAUGGAACACUAGUCACUUUAAUAAUGUUUACAUAUUUUGCAUUACUCAUCUCAUAUGUAUAUACUGUAUUCUAUCCUAUUCUACUGUAUCUUAGUCUAUGCUCGUCCAAAUAUUUAUAUAUUCUUAAUUCCUUUACUUUAUAUCUGUGUGUAUUUUUGUGAAAUUGUUAGAUAUUACUGCACUGUUGGAUCUAGAAACAAGCAUUUCACUACACCUGCACCUGCAAUAACAUCUGCUAAACACGUGUAUGUGAAAAAUAACAUUAUAACAUAUUAUAAAUGUAAAAGUGGAUAGGGGCGUGCUCCCUGCUGUUUCCUGAACUACUCCUUUGUUUUGUUGAUGCUGGGUGAGAGGUUAUUUUCUUGGCACCACACUCCCAGGGCCCUCACCUCCUCCCUGUAGGCUGUCUCAUUAUUGUUGGCAAUCAGGCCUACAACCGUUUGUCUUGUCUGCACACUUGAUGAUUGAGUUGGAGGGGUGUGGCCACGCAGUCAUGGGUGAACAGGGAGUACAGGAGGGGGCUGAGCACACAUCCUUGUGGGGCCCAAGAGUUGAGGAUCAGCGAAGUGGAGGUGUUGUUUCCUACCUUCAACACCUAGGGGGGCGGCCCAUCAGGAAGUCCAGGAUCCAGUUGCACAGGGUGCGGUUCAGGCCUAUGGCCUCAAGCUUAAUGAUGAGCUCGGAGGGUACUAUGGUGUUUAAUGCUGAGCAAUAGUCAAUGAACAGCAUUCUUACAUAGGUAUUCCUCUUGUCCAGGUGGAAUAGGGAAGUGUGAUGGCGAUUGCAUCGUCUGUGGAUUUAUUGGGGGGGUGUCAGGUAAAGUAGAGGUGAUAUGAUCCUUGACCAGUCUCUCAAAGCGCUUCGUGAUGACAGAAGUGAGUGCUACGGGCGAUAGUCAUUUAGUUCAGUUAUCUUUGCUUUCUUGGGUACCGGAACAAUGGUGGACAUAUUCAAGUACGUAGGAACAGCAAGAAAUUGAAUAUGCCCGUAAACACUCCGGACAGCUGGUCUGCGCAUGCUCUGAAGACGCGGCUAGGGACGCCGUCUGGGGCAAUUUAUUACAUUCUUCCAAAUAGUAAAAGUGUGUAUUACCAUCAAAUAAAAAGAUGCCAGAAAACUGUAUUCCUUCCGAAUGAACAGCCUCCCUAAUGUAUCCACCCAGUGAGCCUGAGCAGAAGCCUGGAGUAUUUCUGUGUUUGGGACACAGCCUUGAGAUAUUUUUUUUAGGGGGGGGGGAUUCGCAAAUUACUUUGACUUCGGUGAGGACCCGUAGGGAGGAUAUCUUGUUACCAGGGCAGCCAGGAAGAAGCUACGCCACGGGGAUAGCUGUGUGUGAGUAUUUAUUGGACUCCUUUCGAAAAAAGCAAUCGGAAUCAUUCAAUAUGCUAGCUAACUAUUCGAAAUAUAGCUAGGUCAAUAAGAGCUAAAUAGUAUUGCUAUUUAACGUUAGCUAGGUACGUGCCAUAGACAGUCUAUUAUGUCUGUGCAAGCCAGUCACAUCUGGCUCCAUCUUCGUCUCACCCGUUCUUGCCAUAACAGGUAAUGUUAGGUACCGUUAGCUAGCUAACGAGAUAUCUAAUGUUAGCUAGCAUCAUUACAACUGAUGUAACUAACGUUAACGUUAUGUUAAAGCUACGUGUCGCAUACUAAAAAUAGGUCGUGACCAGAAGCGAAGUUGCAGCGCGAGAUGUUGUUGCGCCCUGGACCAGAGUUAAAAUCAAUGCAAACGUAAAGUUGUCACAUUCACUGGCAAGCGGUUUCUAUUUUUAUUGUUGCUACAUUUGGGCACGUGCAUUAUCGGUUACUAUAAUAUAUCCCCACCAUAUGUAUUCAUUAUCCCUUUAUUUAUUGGGUUGCUAGCUAGCUCGCUAAGACAUACCUUUUCGGUCAUCACUCCCCGUCCUGCGUGUUGCAGCCAAUGACAUGCCAAUCACUGGCUUCAUCCCUAGGAGCAGGAAUGACCAUCCGGAAGGUUUAGUUCAGUAAGGCCACUGUGGAGUGCCUGGUCCAGAGCCACCAUCACCAUGGGUACAGCCUCCUCCCUGGUGAGCCCUGGGGAGGUGAUAGAGGAUGCGUAUGGGGGCGAGGGUGGGGAGGCCUGUGAGAUACCUGUGGAGGUCAAACCUAAAGCCCGCCUCCUGCGGAGCUCCUUUCGCCGAGGGCCCAGGGUGAUUGGAGCCAGCUUCAAAUCCACAGGCUCUGUGGACCUGGAGUACACCGCCGAAUACGAACGGCUCCGUAAGGAGUAUGAGAUUUUCCGGGUUAGCAAGAACAAUGAGAUCACCUCCAUGCAGAAGAAGGAGGCCAAGCUGGACGAGGAGAACAAGAGGCUGAGAGCUGAGCUGCAGGCUCUGCAGAAGACCUACCAAAAGAUCCUGAGAGAGAAGGAGAGUGCCCUAGAGGCUAAGUACCAAGCCAUGGAGAGAGCCGCCACCUUUGAGCAUGACAGGGACAAAGUCAAACGGCAGUUUAAGAUCUUCCGGGAGACCAAAGAGAAGGAGAUCCAGGACCUGCUGCGAGCCAAGAGGGACUUGGAGGCCAAGCUACAGCAGCUGCAAGCUCAGGGCAUCAUGGUGUACGACCCGGACGACUCGGAUGACGAUGACAACCACACCGCUGUCACAGCUGCAGGGACUCCGUGUGAUUACUGGGGUGGUGGAGUGCUGGGCAGUGAGCCCUCUAUGGGCAGCAUGAUGCAACUGCAGCAGACCUUCAGAGGACCAGAGUUUGCCCACAGCUUGUGCGAUGUGGAGGGCCCAUUUGCCAAUGUCAGCAGAGAUGACUGGGACGCUGCUGUGGCCAGUCUGCUGCAGGUGUCUCCUCACGUGUCCCAGGCGUUAUGGAGCAACACGGUGCGCUGCUACCUGAUCUCGACCCAGGAGACACAGGCUGAGCUGGACAUCUUUACCCAGAGCUACUCUCCUAGGCUGCGGAGUCUGUGUGAGGGGCUGGGCCAUUUCUACCUGAACAUCUGUUUCCCUGAGGAGAGUGCAGCCUCCUAUGCCCUGGAACGCAGACAGGAGAUGGAUCGGAGCUCUGUGUGUGUGCUCCUUCUUAAAUCCUCCAUCACUAGUUGUGUGUUGGAGGAUGCGGAGGAGGCCUUUGUGAAGAACCCAGACGGUCAUCCCCUGGUACUCUACCUCAGGACUGUGGAGGCCCACCCUCUCAGCGGCCCCACCAGGCAACUGCUGGAGCGGGUCAACGCCGCAGACAAGGCAGCCAAAGUCAAGGUAGUGGACCAUGGUGGCUCCCCAGAGGAAGGAGCGUCUAUGAUCUAUACUCAGCUGGAGAAAGUAAUCAAACAGGAACUGCUGGGUUUGGAGGGCAGUGACGUUGACGGUAAGGAUUCGGGGAUAGACGAGGGGUGCGAGGAGGAUUCGGGGGACGUGCUGUGGGACCUGCAUGAUGAGCAGGAGCAGAUCGAGGCCUAUCAGCAAGCCUGCAGCGCCGCAGCUCAACUGGGCUUCCAGAAGUACAUAGAUCGUCUGAAUGACAUGGUGGCAGCCCCUCCUCCCACCCCUCCACUGCUGGUAUCAGGGGGACCCGGCUCUGGGAAGUCUCUCCUGCUGUCCAAAUGGAUUGAGCUGCAGCAGAAACACUCCCCCAACACGUUGUUCCUGUACCAUUUUGUGGGGCGACCUCUUUCCACCAGCUCUGAGCCUGUACUCAUUAUUAAACGCCUCACUGUCAAGCUGCUGCAGCAUUUCUGGUCCAUCUCUGGGUUAUCCAUGGACCCCUCCAAGAUCCUCGAGGAGUUCCCUCGCUGGCUAGAGAGACUGUCUUCCAGACACCAAGGCAACAUCAUCAUCAUCAUCGACUCCAUUGACCAGAUACAGCAAGCAGAGAGGCACAUGAAGUGGCUGAUUGACCCCCUGCCGGUCAACGUCAGAGUGGUGGUGUCUGUCAACGUGGAGACUUGUCCCCAGGCCUGGAGACUGUGGCCCACCCUCCACCUGGACCCCCUGAACCCCAGAGAGGUGAAGAGUGUCAUCAACACAGAGUGCCUGGCAGCUGACGUCAAACUCACUAAAGACCAGGAUAAGAAACUGGAGAGACACUGUCGCUCUGCAUCCACAUGUAACGCCCUGUAUGUCACCCUGCUAGCCAAGAUGAUCACCAACUGUAGGUGUGCCUGGUCGUUGGAGAGGACUCUAGAGCAGUGUCUGCUGUGUCAGGACACCAUGUCUCUGUACAGAUUGGGCCUCAGGGUGGCGUUAGAUUCUCUCAGCACAGACGGGGAGAGACACGUCAUGAGAGAGAUGCUGUGUCUGGUGUGUGCCAGUCACAACGGUGUGAGUGAGUCAGAGGUGCUGGCGGUGUUUCCAGACCUGGGCCUGCCUGUCCUCUCCUCCCUCCUCUACACCCUACAGAGACUCUGUAUUGUAGGCCUGGGCUGUGGACUCAUCAGGUUCCAGCACCUACAGGCCGCGGAGGCCGUCCGGCUGGAGUUUAUGGAUGGAGGGACCUGCUCUCCUGCCUACAGAGAGAAGCUCAUCCACUACUUCAGCCAGCAACUCAGUCAGGACAGGGUGACGUGGCGGGUGGCAGACGAGCUGCCCUGGCUACUCCAGCAGCAGGAGGACAGGGCCAAGCUGCAGCUCAGCCUCCUUAACCUCUUUGUCUCCCAGAACCUUUACAAGAGGGGCCAUUUCUCUGAGCUGCUGGCCUACUGGCAGUAUGUGGGCAAAGACAAAAGUUCCAUGGCCACUGAGUACUUUGACUCUCUGAAGCACUAUGAGAAGAGCUGUGCGAGUGAGGACAGCAUGAUCAGGCUGGGCAACCUGUAUGAGACACUGGGUCGCUUCCUCAAAGACUUGGGCCUGCUCAGUCAGGCGGUAGCUCCCUUACAGAGGUCACUGGAGAUCCGGGAGACGGCCCUGGACCCGGACCACCCCAGUGUUGCCCUGUCCCUACACCAGCUGGCCGGGGUUUAUGUCCAGUGGAGGAAGUAUGGCAAUGCAGAGCAGUUCUACAAGCAGGCCCUGGAGAUCAGUGAGAACGCCUACGGCUCAGACCACGCCUGUGUCGCACGCGAACUGGACUCCCUGGCCAUGCUCUACCAGAAGCAGAACAAGUAUGAGCAAGCCGAAAAAUUGAGGAAGAGGUCUGUGAGGAUUCGCCAAAAGACUGCCCGCCAGAAAGGCCAUAUGUAUGGCUUCACUCUGCUGCGUCGGCGGGCCAUCCAGUUAGAGGAGCUGACUCUGGGUAAAGACACAGCAGAUUGUGCCAAGACCUUCAACGAGCUGGGAGUCCUCUACUACCUCCAGAACAACCUGGAGGCUGCCAAAGUGUUCCUGACUCGUUCUCUGGAGAUGCGUCAGCGUGUGUUGGGGCCGGACCACCCUGACUGUGCCCAGUCCCUCAACAACUUGGCGGCCUUACACACUGAGAGGAGAGAGUACGAGACCGCUGAGGACAUGUACGAAAGAGCCCUGGAUAUCCGGAAGAGAGCCCUGUCCCCUGACCACCCCUCCCUGGCCUACACCCUGAAACACCUGGCAAUGCUCUACAAACGCAGGGGGAAGCUGGAGAAGGCUGUUCCUCUGUAUGAGCUGGCUCUGGACAUCAGGGAGAAGAGUUUUGGACCUAAACACCCCAGUGUGGCCACAGCGUUGGUUAACCUGGCUGUACUCUACUGCCACCUGAAGAAGCACAGUGAAGCGCUGCCCCUGUAUGAACAGGCUCUCAGAGUGUAUGAGGACAGUCUGGGACGCUCACACCCACGUGUCGGAGAGACGCUGAAGAACCUAGCUGUACUCAGCUAUGAGGAGGGGGACUUUGAGAAAGCAGCAGAGCUCUACAAGCGAGCCAUGGAGAUCAAAGAGGCGGAGCCGUCUCUGGUGUGUGGGAAGGCCCCGUCUCGGCACUCGUCCAGUGGGGACACGUUUAGCCUACGAGGGCCCGCCCCUCUCCCACAUGCCCCCAGGUGAUCCCUCCCUCUAUCUCCUCACCCCUGAGGGACCUAGAACACUAGGGCUCUUUCCCCAAUAUGUCUUCCCUCUAUUCCACGUGUGACCUUUCCUCAUUGGUGGAGAAGGUCCAAGGGUAGGGACCUUUGGAUUUUCUCCUCCAACGAUGUUCUUUGAAGAAGGUGGUGAGAUAGGGUCUGGGGAAUCACGGAAAGAGGAUUGAAAUACAGCCAGGGUCCACAAUCUGCAUUCCUGAGAAGAACGUCCAUGGAACUCUCAAUGGUUCUUUAUGCUGCUUUGAGAUGGACCAGUGUUGUAAUGUCGCCUGUUAAGUGUACUGUAGCUAACUGCCUUCAUGAAAAUAUGAAGUAUGCUUUAUUUAAUGUCUGUUAAAUGGCUGUAUUGUGUUUUGUUUUUUUAAAGAUAUAUAUUAAUGUAAUCCUGUAUUAUUAUUAUGAAAGAAUGUGAAAUGAUGUCAACACCGCCCUUGUCGGGGCCUGAAACUCAGGUUAAGAAGGUUUUUUUAUUCUAUAUUUACGAAUUUUUCCAAAUUUCAAUAGCUCACUGUUGGUACCUAUGGAAGUGUAUAACUUUUGAAAUGACAUUUUGAAUUGGAUAAUUGAUUCAUCCAUGUCACCAAUAACUGUAAGUCGCUCUGGAUAAGGGUGUCUGCUUAAUGACCAAAAUGGAAAUUCCUACACUUCCAUAACUAUCGUAUGCAUGCUCAUAUAAAAACACAUUUUGGAGCUGUACUGUCACAGAAUACUGAGCUCAGGUGCUUUUGCUGUGCCGGUUAUGCAAUCAGUGCCAAGUCUUCAUGCAGUACAGUAAUAGAUAUUUUAUUCAUGUAAACUAUGACAUAUGCCUGUUUCAAGAUGGAACCUUGAUCUCAUGCCAUGGUGCAUAUCAAUAAUUGUAUAUCACUGAGCAGUUUUAAAUGCAUUUACCUCACGUGAAGUAUUUAUGCAAGUCAAAUAAUGGGUUUCAAACCCAUGCCAUCAGUUUUUCCAGAGGUUCUGACGUGUCUCACCACACUAUUUCACUGAGGUUUAGUCACUAGACAUCAAACGGACCGAAGCGGACCCUGAACUUGUCCAUAAUUUUCCUACUUUGUGCACCAAUGAAUAAGUUGAGCCUUCAUUGUCUGUGUGAAUGAACAUGAAGCCAAAGGUGACGUAAGGUACCAAAACCCUGUCAUAUGUGCCAAACAUACUAAGUGCAUCGUCUUACUGUGUACUCAUGUCAUUGUAAGAAUCUGUAAAUGAAAUACCAUAAACUAAUCAAAUGUAUUCUGGCUAAUAAAUACUUUAUUGAAACAA